AUGGGAUUACGGCUGUCAAUUCUGCAAACUUUCGCCGUGCUAGCGUCAGCAUUCAGCGGGCUAAUCUCAUACGGCGUUUUCAGAAUCGACCAUCCUUCCGUGCAGGGAUGGCAGUGGUUGUUCAUCAUCGAGGGAUCCAUGACAUUCUUGACAGGGAUCAUCAGCUUUUUUUGGCUUCCCGCGGGUCCCCAGGAUGCCUGGUUUCUGAACGGGAGGGAGAAAGCAGCAGCAAAUGCUCGGUUACUACGUGAUAAUUCCGUCCAUGUGGAGACCUCACUGGAUCUGAAAGAGUGUUUUCGGACAUGGAAAGAUUGGAAGUUUCCGGUUUGGUGUAUCAUAACGCUAACGUAUCCAGUGGUAUAUGCAACGGCGAUGAACUUCUUCCCAUUGAUCGUCGGGCGGCUGGGCUAUUCGGUCAUCAAAACCAAUCUCUGGACGGUGGCUCCGAACUUGGUCGGCGCAGUAGUCUUGCUCUGUGUGGCGAUUUCCUCGGAUUAUUUUCGCGAAAGGACGUUUCACAUCGUCUUCUCCCUGGUAUUAUCGCUGAUUGGAAUGUUAAUUCUUGUAGCCUUGAAUGUAACCCAGCACAAAGGUGUUGCAUAUUUCGCGUGCUUUCUCAUGGCGGCUGGGUCAUACAUCCCAUCCUGUCUCGUUCACGCAUGGCACAAUAACAACAACGUCCAUGAGAACUCGCGGGCAGCAAAUACUGGACUCUUCGUCGGUCUGGGAAAUUUGGCUGGUGUCCUGAGCGCUGCUACCUUCCGCACAGAAUACGCUCCGAAGUGGAUAUAUCCCGACUUUAGUAGCUACUUGCUGCUGCAAUGUAGUGUGUAUUACUGGCGUAUUGUGGAUGGGAUUAUGGAUGAGGUCCGAGAAUAA